AUGGCCGUUGGCCAGGCACUGCCGGUGCGCUUUCCGUGCUGGUGCAAAGCUGUGUAUUCAUGGGGAGGAGAGACCAAACGCGACCUCGGAUUCAUAGAAGGCGACCUGAUUGAAGUCCUUAAUGCCGGUGAUGGAUCCUGGUGGAUGGGCCGAUUGAAGCGCGACAGGCGCAUGGUUGGACUGUUCCCUUCCAACUUUGUCGAACUGCUCAGCGAAGACUAUCAACCAUGGGCGCGCAAUGGCAGCGGAGGAAGCAUGUCGAGGCAGAACAGUGCCCAGGAGCAGCCAAAGCCAGCACCGCAGAAGCAGAAGAGCACCUUCAGGAAGCCCUUCACGGCUUAUGCAGCUGCAGGCGCACCAAAUCCUGCUGCUGCUGCGCGAGAGAGGCUCAAGGCUGGCAUCAACUCACCAAACGGCAGUGUCAAGACCAAGUCCCCCUUCUCGUCGAUGAAGCGGUCGUCUACCGAAAGUCGCGAGAGCCCACCGCCUGCGUCUUCCACAAGAAAACAGUCAAAUCUUCGCGCAGUAUCACCACGACCUCCUUCCAAGAGAACACCCGUGACGCGCGCUAUUUCACCAGCACCACCGUCACGUCACGGUUCGCAUACACGCGCGCAAUCGUCUCCCGUACCGCCCGCCGACUAUCGCUACCAGCCUCGCGCCGUAUCACCAGCUCCUCCCAUCCGACGCGGCUCGUAUAUCCCACCACAAUCGCAUGCGCCUCCAGCCCAGUACCAGUAUCAACCCCGUGGUGUAUCGCCUGCACCUCCUAUACAACAUCGCAACUACGCUAGAGCAGCAUCUCCAGCUCCUCCACAACAAAUACAAGACAUGUACCGAGCAGCUUCCCCAGCUCCUCCAAGACCAAGUCAAGAUGUUUACAGGGCACCAUCACCAGCUCCUCCCCGACAAAGUCAGGACUAUUACCGGGCAGCCUCGCCAGCGCCCCCCGUCCACUACCAAGAGCAUUCACGAGCUGUAUCGCCGGCACCAUCUUUUCAGUACCGAGCAUACGACCGUGGUCCUUCACCGGCACCAUCAUUCCAAGAGCGUUCGCGUGCGGCUUCGCCAGCCCCCUCAUUCCAGUACCGCGCAUACGAUCGAGGUCCAUCGCCGUCUCCGUACCAGAUGCAAUUGGAUGAUGACGAGCUUAGUCGCGGCCCAUCACCCGCUCCUUACAACGACGAAUACGAAGAAGAACCUGUGGACUCGCCUCCUCCGCCUCCGCCACCGCAUCGCGUCGCUUACGACCCCAGCAGAGCUCCGUCACCCGCACCUCCUUCGCAUAAUGGCUUCAUCACACCUGAGCCGCCUUCGCCUGAUCCAAGAGCACGCAGUGGACACUUCACACCCUCUCCUCUCACGACAGCAAUGAAUGAUGUCAUGUCGUCUUUGCAGGAUAUGACAACAUCAAGAAGUGAUGAGUCGCCCGAAGAGCCUCCAACCCCAUCGAAUCCAUGGUCUCCGGAAGCCUUUGACCAAGUCUACCAGGAGUCGGCUAAAAAGGUCAGAGCGCAGUCCGCUAUGAGCCGCGGCGACGAAGACGAAGAGGAAGGUCUGCCAGAUGUUAACAAUUACAUGAAGCGCAUGGAAAGUCGUCUCAGGCGAAUGAAGCAACAAGAGCAAGCUAGGAACGGUGAGCUUUUCAUCGGCGAUGACGAAGGGCCAACCGUACCUCUGAAAAGCUCACACCAGCGACCCGGAUCCUCGAUGGCCGAUGCUGAGCCAGAGGUUCAGCGAAAGGGCUCGAAGCUACUUAACCAUCGCAAAUCCGCCUACAACGUUGGACGAAAUGCACUUGGACGAACGUUUACGAGCAAAACGAAUUCUACGACUACGACACACACAAGCAACAGCACCGAUCGCAGUUUGAUGUCUGGACACUCUGCUACGAACAUGAGUGCUACAAGCGCUGGGAGCUAUUACCGCAAGAAAUUUGGAAAGGAUCGACCAAAGAGCGUCAUGAACACCAAAGACACGGCUGGAAAGGGUUACGGGUUCGACGACGGACGGCCAGAGACACCUUUCACUGGUGUCACUUAUCACUCCAGCCAUGCUUCACAGCCGCAAGCCGGUUCCAGCGACAUACAACAAGCUGAAGUCAGCACCCCAGCCACGGACGACCCAGAUCCUCUUGGUGGACUGAGGCAACCACUGAAGACAAAGCGCAGCGGCUUCUUCCGUAAGAUGAUCGACACUGCGAAGACCCAAGCCGCGAAUGCACGCAGCACCAUCGACACGAUAAGUAGGCCGGGAUCCCGGGCUGCCAGCCGAGCUGCUGGUCGUUCCCAGAGUCGCGCCGCAAGCCGCCUGGAUAACUCCGAACCAACUGGCAUAGAAGGGGGUAAAUCGACCCAUGCGGCGAAGGAAUCUAGGGAGACCGGCCUCGGAACGGUAGAUUGGGUGCAGGUCAGGCGGGAUGUAAAUCGGUCCAAUUCACUAAGUAAGAACGAGCGAACAGAGCGAGCCGAAAGAUGCCAGAUGAUGGACAUUCCUGUUUUGAACCCCAUUGAGAUCCUGUAUGAGUCGGCUGAGGGCGACGAGGGUCUUGAUGGUCUUCCCAUCACCGAACCCACCGAUUUUGCGGCUUGCAGUCUUGCUCAUGUUGAUAAGAGUGCGCGCUUCAUUAACAGCAUUCCUCUUGGAACGAACCCAGCGACUUUGGCACAAGGCUAUGUUUGUCGACCAUACCGAAGCGAUAUUCAACGAUUACGAGCUAUCUUCACAUGGGUCAGCGAGCGCAUAUCGUGGGAAGAAGAUUUCGAGGGUCAGAUGGAUCCGAAACACGUACUUCAAAGCAAGCGCGGAUGCUCUGAAGAAAUCGCCAUGGUCGUGGCAGAGAUGUGUGCUUCUGUUGGAAUGCACGCUGAAGUUGUCCGUGGCUAUCUCAAGACACCAGGCGAACCCUUGGACCUAGAGAGCGUCGCGCGGCCGAAUCACUUCUGGAACGCUGUCAUUGUAGAGGGUGAGUGGCGCAUAAUGGACUGCUCCCUUGCUGGGCCGACGAACCCAAAGCGAGUUCACUACUCGACUGCGGGAUCAUCUGUGGCUGAGACAUGGUACUUCCUUGCUCGCCCAAUGGAGAUUUGCUACUCUCACGUUCCACUCCUUCCGGAACAGCAACACAUCUGCCCACCUCAGCCACACGAGGUGCUGAUGGCACUCCCUUGUGCAACACCCGCUUACUUCCGACAUCAUCUCAACGUAGUCAACUUCGAUACUAGUCUCUUGAACCUAGACAACCUUGAGAUGGCGCAUGUCUACGUUGACGUACCAGAGGAUGUAGAGUGUGUUGCGGAGGUUGAGGCACGAGCCUAUGAUCAAGACAUGGACGGUGACCUUUUUGAGAGCGGCGAAAUUGUGAGGAAGCCGGCAUUGGCACAAGCCGAAUGGUACAGUGGCCAGAAAAGAUACACUGUUAAGGCCCUUCUUCCGAACGAUGGUGGCCAGGGUGUCCUGAAGAUCUAUGCAGGACCCCGGGGACUUAUGCACUCCAACAAGCUGAACCCUCACAACCUGGCAAUCGGCCUUCCUUUGACGCAUACCGGCACCAAUCCUCCAUAUUCGUUCUUGACUCUACAUCCUACGCCUCAUGCCCAACGACACGAUCUAUACGUCGCCCAGCCGCAGUGCGCUAAUCUGGCCCUCAACAACACUUUCGUCUUCUGCGUUCGCCAACAUCCGUCAUCCCUUACAAAAUCCCCCGAGCCUAGUCCCGCGAUGCAUGGCCGAGCAUCGCCAAAUCCUUUUGCUCGCCCUGCAUCCGCUAUGAGCAUGCAGAGUAUCUCAGCAACUGGAUCCAACUACACGAACCCAUCUCAAAGUUCUUCUGGAUCAUCAGGUAGUAGUAGCAACAAGCCUGCCAAGCUAGCCGUGCAAACACCUUCUGGCAAGAUCAUACGCCUGACUAGAAAGACGGAGCAUAUUAGCAGUACUAACGAUGCCGAUGGUACGGCCUGGGAAACGGUCAUCAAGAUUGGUGAAAAGGGCACAUGGCGAGGUCUGGUGCUUGCUGACCGAAGCGCAAGGUGCAAAACGACUGUCGCCAGCAUGGACGCGCAAAUCGCCGAAUGGCAACAGCGAUCCGAGGCCCUCAAGCCCCUCAACCUCAAGCAAAUCGAACCCCACCUACUGGAACUUGACGCACACCUCACUCUCCGCUCCCACAUCGUCGGCUACACUAUCUCCGACGCCGAUACGAUAGUAUGGAAGACCAUCCGCGAGAACCGCGUUGCGCACGCUUUCAUCAAGCAGGACUUGAUGAAGAACCUGUGCCGCUGGUUUAGGUACAUCGAGGAGGCAUACCCCCAGAGCGUGGUCAUUGUCGGAGGACAAGGCAAGAAGGACGAGGGUGCCAAGGGCAAGGGCAAGAAGGAGGGAGGCAAGAACGAUGAUGCGAACUAUGACAUUGGCCUACAGGAUGUAGGCGAUGGCACUGGCAUCGUUACUAGGUUCCCGCCUGAGCCUUCAGGCUACCUUCACAUCGGUCACGCCAAAGCAGCGCUGCUCAACGACUACUUCGCGCACGAGAAGUACAAGGGCAAGCUCCUGCUGCGAUUUGACGACACCAACCCUACCAAGGAGAAGCAAGAGUUCCAGGAUGCCAUCGUCGAGGACUGCGCGCUUCUCGGUAUCAAGCCAGACCAGGUCUCCUACACCAGUGAUUGGUUUGACCAGCUCUACGAGAGCUGUGUGCAGGCCAUCAAGGAUGGAUUGGCAUACGCAGACGACACAAUGCAAGAGAAGAUGCGUGAGGAGCGUAUGAACGGCAUUGCUAGUGCUCGCAGGGACUCAAGCGUCGAAGACAACCUUGCGCACUUCGAGGAGAUGAGAAAGGGCAACGAGGAGGGCUUGAAGUGGUGCAUUCGCGCCAAGAUGUCCGUCGAUGACCCCAACAAGGCCAUGCGUGACCCUGUCAUCUACCGCUGCAACCCCCAGGCGCAUCACCGCACUGGCGAGAAGUGGAAGAUCUACCCUACCUAUGACUUCUGCUGCCCCAUCGUCGACUCGCUCGAGGGCGUUACCCACGCGCUACGCACAACCGAGUACAACGACCGUGACGCACAGUACCAAUGGUUCAUCAAGAACCUCAAGCUCCGCAAGGUCCACAACUGGGGUUUCGCGCGCCUGAACUUUGUCCGCACUGUAUUGUCCAAGCGCAAGCUCACUAAGAUCGUCGAUGCUGGUAUUGUGUCGGGCUGGGACGACCCGCGCAUGCCUACCGUCCGCGGUGUCCGUCGCCACGGUGCCGUCAUCCCCGCUCUCCGCGAGUUCAUCCUUAAGCAAGGCCCUUCCAAGAACAUUGUCAACCAGGACUGGUUCGCCUUCUGGGCCACGAACAAGAAGCACAUUGAGCCAACUGCGGCUCGUUACACCGCUAUCGAUGACUCCGGCCGCGUUCCCGUCACCAUCAUCGGCGCGCGUGAGGGCGUCAUCUCCGAGGACAAGCCGAAACACGCCAAGUACGAUCUCGGCAACAAGAAGAUCGUCUUCAGCAAGUCUGUCAUCAUGGAGCAAGCAGACGCACAAUCGUUCGCUCAAGACGAGGAAAUCACCCUCAUGAACUGGGGUAACGCCAUCGUGCGCAAGAUCAGCCACUCGAUCAACCCCCUCGAGAUGGCUAAGCACGGCCUCAAGACCGUCACCGGCCUUGAGCUUGAGCUACAUCUCCAAGGAGACGUCAAGAAGACAUCCAAGAAGGUCACUUGGCUGAGCAAUGACCAGGAGCUUGUUCCCAUUGAGCUUGUUGACUACGACUACCUCAUCACCAAGGACAAGCUAGAGCCUGAGGAUACGCUCGAGGACUUCCUCAACCCGAAGACUGAGUCUAGGACCAAGGCCAUGGCUGACUGCAACGUCGCGGACCUCAAGGUUGACGAUAUCGUACAGUUUGACCGCAAGGGCUUCUUCCGUAUCGAUCGCGCUUUUGCGCACGGCGAGCCUGUCGUCGCGUUCCAGAUCCCUACCGCGUGCGGCAUGCUCGCGACUGCGGCACCAACCGCUGGUAACGAGAGUAUUGAUGAUGCCGGCUUCGCAAACGGCGGUAGCUACAACCAUACUCAGCCUGUGCACAUCGACAGGUCGGAGACCAUCACCCUCGGCCUCAGCCCUAAUGGCAUCAACGUCGGGGACAGCAAGACUCUUUACCACGACGUCCAGACUGCGAUCGAACAUAUCUGUCCACCUACAGGCAAACGCUGCGGCAGCAACCAUGCCACAUUCAAUGUCUACGUCACCUCCCGCGGUCUGAGCAUCUACACCAACAGCCAUGUUCGCAAGACCAUCACCGUCUCAGUCGAAGAUUCAUGGUACGACGGCCGCUCUGACGUGUACGAAGUCUUGCGUAACACUAUUGCCGCCGCCUUCGAACGAGGGACGUAUGAUCCCGGAAAUUGCGUCCCUGCAUUGACAGUGACUAUUGGAGGGAAAAAGCAGGUGUUUAGAGACUGCACAACCCUGGAUUACGCGGAAGUUAUACUUUCUGGCGGUUACAGGAUGAAGGUUAGAUUUGGGGGACCAAGGAGCCAGUACAAAAACUUGAACUACGACUGCGAGAGAGAGGUUGAUGAUGUGUUUGUAUUUGUGAGGGAUGAUGUACAGUGGAAGGGUACACCUUGGGUGUACUGUAUUGGGUGGGACCUGUGGCCUCGUGGUUAG